GUGUCGCCAUUUUUGUGUGAAAUUGGUGGAAUUUGAGCUGCUUGUUAGGUAGCGUUUACAGUUUUUAAGUUAGUUUUACACUGAAAAUAAGUAAUUUUCAUGUUUAAACACUCCAUUAAUCAUAAAUUGUGAUUAAUUAUUAGUAUAUUGUAACAUGAUGAAAUGUAGAAGUUAAAUGUUUAUAAAAACUGCUGCGCGGGAAAUGUGACUAGUUUUCGUCUGUAUUCCGAUUCAUCUGUUAUUAAUUUUAAAAACAAUAGUUUUUAUUAACCAAUAUUUACCAUGAUUUCGUACAAAAGACGCGAGGGGAAAAGGGGAAGAAGUUUAAAAAUGUCUAAACAUUUAGAACGUUUGUAUAAAGACGGCAAAUGCCGUGAUUGUACAGUGGUAGUGACGCGAAUGGACUUUGCUAAGAUUCUAGGCAAAUUCACCAAAGUAAAAAUCCAAUACGAAAGCAGUUCAUCACCUAAGACGCAGAAGACACAGCAAGGAAACAAACCGGUAACAAAUGUUGCAAACACGAGAUUAAAAAAUAAUGAAAACGGCAUGGUAAUGGUCCACAGAAACGCAUAUAAUCCUCACCCAGCAAAAAACUUAGUCAACACAAGAAAACAUGUCAACAACAAGGUUGCAUCAUCUACUAUAAACUCAUCAAACACUAUAUUGAAAGAAAUUAACAUAUUAAAGAAGACCCCACUAAAAAAUGGAAAUGUGAACUAUGAAAACAUUAAAUCAAGGGUUAAGCAGUACGCUAUAGUAUUCAAUGACCCAACUUCAAAGGAUAACAACAAUAAUAUUAAUAUUGAACUUACUCUAUCAGACUUGUUACCGAAGGUCAGUGCUGAUAUAUUGCCAUCUGAGGAAUGGUGUAUAGAUUAUUUCCCAAAAAAAGAUGAACCUCAAAAUGAUAAAGUAUAUGAUCGUAUAGCAGCAGAACUUGAAGAUCUGAUGUAUAAUGAGAAACCUGAACUGAGUUCAAUUAAAGCCGAGCCUGCUGACAACAAAGUUGAAGAAUUCCCUUCAAUUAUGGAUAUCCUUAACGAUAACACUACGCCGGAAAGUAAUUCUGAACAAAAAAGUCAAAACAGCAAUAUAGACUUAAAAGACAGUCUGGAAUCCAAUGAUGUAGAAGCAAUGCUGUUAGGUAAGGCUGUCAAAAAUGAGACACCCAUGGAGGUUGACAAUACAGAUGUAAAUAAACUAAUAGCGGACGUCGCCCAGUUCAGCUCUGACAAUAAGCCUAUAACAAAGGACGAACAAAGUGAACCAGAAUUUGACAAUCCACAUAGUCCCUCGAUAUUAGAUGAAGCCCUACAAAAAGGUAUCGAGGAACACCUACCAUAUCCACAUUUACAGAAUAAAGCAAUUAAUAAAGACACAACUAAUCAAAACAUGGAAAUUAUCCCAAAAAAUGAAGUACAUAACAAUUUAAAUAUUCCUUCUACACUAAAAUUAGAAGAUGUUACACAUGUGAUAUUUAAAAAAGUAGUUAACGGGAAGUGCCUAAAAUCUGUUACGUGUCCUAGAAAUCUAAAAUAUUCCAUAGAACUAGAUGAAAAAUCUGUAGAAUUUUUAGGUGCUCCAAAAUAUAUUUCAAGUUCAGAUGACUUACAGGUACUAUUACAAAUUGUGAAUGAAACAGACUUAAAAAGAUUAUAUGUUUUCUAUUAAUUAAAUAACAACAUUCAUAUUCAUAAAUAUUAUAACAUCUCACUAUGCUACAGAGUUAUAUUUCUAAACUGACUAUUGAGAGACCUAAACUCAUAUUAUCGUCCUACAAUUCCAUCUAAUUUGUUAUUUAUAAAAUAGAUAAACAAUUCAACUGACAGAAAUUUAUUUGAAUAACUAGCCUGCAAAAAUAUGGAUUUUUACCUGGUCUAAACUCAACCUACAUGCAAAACUAGUUGAGUAUAUUCUUGAAAAUUCUAUCUAUUUAUCUAUUUUAGUCAUCAUCAUUAACAACCAAUAUUCGGCUCACUGUUGAGCAAGUGUCUCCUCUCAGAAUGACAGGCCUUAGGUAUUAGUCCACCAUGCUGGCUGGCAGACUUCACACACAGAGAAUUAAGAAAAUUCUCAUGUAUACAGGUUUCCUCACAUGUUUUCCAUUUAAGACUUGAAAUUUAAUUAAUAUGUAUUAUGAAAACUACCUAUAAUGAUUUAUAUUACUAUACCUACGACCAUGGACUGCAUACCUAUAACAUGAUCAAGAUAAUAUGCACUAAGAAAAUCAGUCAUCCCUGUAAACAACAUAAAAAGGUUUUUCUCAUCAAAAAUGCAUAUACGGAUUAUACAUGCAUAUUGACAAAAACUAAUUAUAAAAAAAAUCCUAAUGAUUAUGUAUAAGUUGGAUAGGUAUAUAAUAUUAUUUACAUGAAAUAUUUAUAUAUUUCAUAUUUUGUUAUUGACUUAACAGUACAUAAUAUUUGUUUAAAAUUAAAUCACAGUAUAUUUAAGUGUAUCAGAAUGCCUUAGAUAAAUAAUAUAAUAAUUAAAAAUAAGAAAAAAAAAUACAUUUGUGUCAAAUAAAGCACUUUAGUAGUUUUAGUAGGUACAAUAUUUAUCAUUGAUUGUAAUACAAUUUUUCUACUGUUACAUGAACAAUUUUAGCUAAAAUGAUUUUACUUCCAUAAUAAAAGUAUAAUGAUUGUUAUAAAAAAAUAUUUUUAAUAAUGAACUAUUCUAAAAAAUGUAUCUUGCAAUAUCAUCAUGAGUAGGGGAACUAUGAGUUUUGCAAAUACAGGUCCAUGUCCUGCAUCAGUUUUUCCUUUAUCUAGAUACACUAAAAUGGUGUGAUUUAUAAUUUUGAAGAAGGGCAACAUUUGGAAAUGUCACAAAGCUUCAGAGUGAUCGUGAUUGGUACUUUACUUAAUAAUAUCAAUAGUACUUGUUUAAUGUUACUCUGUGGACAACGGAAUAAAAUCCACAAUAAAAGUUUAGAUAAUUUAAAUUAAGGCGGGUUGCUUAAACGUCAAUUUUUUUUUUAAUUUUUGCCCCUCGGCUUUGACUAAUUCAUUUCGAUAUCGAAAACAUUGCAGUCUAUAUUUAUAUAAGUACCAAAAAUAUUCUUGUAGUAUCAUCUUAAUCACUAUGAUUAUAAUUCAGUAUUGUACAGUUUUCUUGACUUUCAUAAGGGAAGGGAAUUUCAUAAAGAUUUUCAAAAAAGAAAAACGAGUGUGCUUUAGACCACACGUCUGGAGUAAAACUACCGGCGAACGGACAUUGAGGGGGAGCGGAAGAAGCUCUCCCUCAAUGGCCCCAUUACACUUUUCUUAACGCAUUAACCAGCUUUCUAUUAUGGCACCAGCCCAGUCGAGCGUGCGUAAAGAAGUUUUACUUUUUAUUCAUUAUUCAAGAUCAAGCUUGUCCGAUUCGUCUUCCGAUAAAUGAAAAAAUCUGUCUUUCUCACUAAGCGGGUGACGACAGAAAAAGGAAUUCAAUUUAAUAAUUUCGUUAAAUUCAAUUCUUCAACUAAUAACGAAUAAUUAUAUUCGCAAUUGGAGAUUUUACAUAUACCAUUUGUAACAACAAACGUUAGCGUGGCAUAUCGGACGACAGCGCCAUCUAGAAUCUAUACUUAUAAUACGAAUUCUGUACAUUGAAGAUAUUUUGAAAAUUUUGUUGGGGGCAUUACAUAAUCGACACUGAAGCUAAAAAAAUUCUUUUUCGAUUUUUUGUCUGUCCGUAUUUUUUUGUUAUUCGGGCAUCACGCUGAAACUACUGAAUGAAUUCAAAUGAAUCUUGGCACGGUCUAAGGUCAUAAUACGGAGAAGAUUAUAGGAUACUAUUUAUUGCGACAAUAAAAUGAGAAGGGGGUGAUAUAGGGGUUGAAAACUUGUAUGGAAAGUCCUUCAUUUUUAGAGUUAGUUUUAAAAAAUUUGUUAAAAAAUACGAAAUAAAAAGUAAUUCAAAAAUUUGAAAAAUUUAACCCUUAAAGUGGUGAAAUAGGGCUUGAAAGUUCAUUUCCACGCGGGACAAGUCGCGGGCGUCCGCUAGUUUAAAAACUAUUGCGAACCAUUGCAAUGUACAGAAUCGUAAAUCUAUGAUUGCAAUAGCCUAACGAUGCGUACGAUACUUCCGCAAGUUGUUGCCAUAAAUAUAUUCUUAUACUCAAUUAAUAGCUAGUAUUUUUACUAUCAUCUAUCACUAUUCCUAUUCACUAAUAUUAAUUCUUUUUUAAAUAUUUAAGCAUAUAAAAAUAUACAUAUUAAUCUACAUGCUUGUUAAUUCUACAAAUUAUACAGGCGCCGCGUGUUUGUACUUUAAAUUAUCCAACCACUAUUUCUUUUAUUCGUCACAUCAUUUUGUUAUGAAAAACUCGUAUCAUUUUUGCGUAACUGGUAACAUUAAUUGAAUCACCAUAGAUGUUAAAGAAAACCAAAAUGUCGAGGAAUUGACAGUUAUGAUAGAGCAUAGAUAACUCAUUAACCAUUGAAAAUAUUCUGUGGUUUCAUCUUAUAAUCAGUGGUCCAACCUGCAAUCCGAAUCCAAAAUUUUCGCAAAAUGCUACUCCUGACUCAUUCAAAAUGAAAAAAAUACUGAUAUAUCACUAAUCGGCCGUACAGACUACUUUAGUAUUUUAUUCGAGUAUGAACAAUUUUUAUCGCCCAAAAAUUGUUCCUACUUGACUAAAAUACUAAAAUAGUCUGUACGGUCUAUAUGACCUCUAAUAGGCCAUACAGACUACAUUAGUAUUUUAGUCGAGUUCGUAAAUCAAAUACUUAAGUAGUCCGAACUAGGCCUUAGAGAAUUUCCUUGAGUAAAUGAAAAACCCGUAACUACCCUCAAUGUUCUAAGUGUAGGUAGUUUGAAAAUUAUUUAAAUCAAUGUAUAAUAUACCUAAUGCGUUUAGCUUUAGAGUUCAGUAUGGUUUACUGCUCAAUUUUAUUUAAUAUAGCUCUGCUUAGAGCACUGGAUGAAAUAUAAUUUAUAAUAUUGAUUUUAAUUUAAAACUAAGAUAAACCAGGCUAUUAUCCUUGUGUAAUCCAAUGAGUACAUAAUAAUUGUAUAAUUUAAAGUUCCUGGAGCAGCCCAAGAAAACCACGUAGGCACGUAAGCGUACUGCGUGACGUCAUCCAUGUUUGACAUUUUAUUUGAUAAUCGAGAGUGUAGCACUCCAUGUUACUGUCCAAUCAUUCCUUUAGAUAUUUUCUAAAGAGUCCUGUUAAAUUGUCAUUAAAUACAAACAAAUCUAUUAUGAGGUGUGUAUGAGGGAAGCUUAGAAACGUACUUGGUAUAUUAUUAUGUAUGUAUUUUGUUUUUUUUUUUCACUUCUCAUAAUAAAUUCAGUUUCGACACUGUGCGAUUUGUUGUGCUGUUUGUAAUUACCGCAUCCAACUUAGGUAACUUGGCCCUUCGUCAUCGUUAUUGUUGGUCAGAUAAGAAGUAUAUAUUUUAAUUAAUUUUUAAUAGCUGAAACUAUAUAAAACAAAAUGGUUCAAUGAGUAAUUGAAUUAAAUACUAAUAACAUUUGUCUUUAAGUCAAAAUCCCCAAAGAAUAGAUAAGGGUAGUGGGCAUAACGAACUAUUUAAUCAGAUUUUAGAACUUAUUACUGAGCCAAUCUGUAAUCUAAUAAUAACGUAUAAUCAGUAAGCUUAUUAUUGCAUGCUAAUUAAUUAAUUAUAUAUUCAACAAAAUAAAUAAUGUAAAACAAUUAUACAGCGUAGUUUGUUUAUUCAAAAACACUUAUUCUUAAUAAAUAAACUACUACUAAGCUGAGCUACUAAAUUUUUCAUAAAAUAUUAAUAAUUUUCCAAUAUUACGUAGGAACUGCUGCAUAGCUGCGACCUAAAGUUUGCUAUAUUAUAGUUAAUUGUUGUCCACUUAAAAUUACGUAUGUGUGCUUUGUUCCAUAAUACAAUAAAUGUUGGUUUUCUUUACCUUGAAAAAUAAACUAGAUUAAGGUACUCGUACCAAUAGUUAUGUAAUAUAAUUAUUAUGAUCAUUAUAUUUCAGCAUGAGUAAGGAAGAGUGCUAGAAAAAUUAUUGUUUACUUUUAAUUAGUGUAAUUUUUAAUAUUAUUUUCUUUAAUUUAAGUUACAUUCAAUCAUUAUGCGUUAUAUAGCAUUUCAUUAAAUUUAAAAAUGUUUUGUGCUUAAAUAUAGAAUAUGUUCUAGACAAGCAAAUAAAUGUUUUAUUUCUAAA